UUAUUAAUAUGUCUGAAAAUUCUAAAACAUGUAUUGUUUUGAAACAAGAGAGUAUAUUUUUGUGUGUUUUAUAACUCCAAUAGUAUUCUAAGAUUUGAAAUCUUCUCCAAUAACAAGAUCUUUCUAACUAAUUUUCUAAAUAACAUUAAAUCUUUGUGUCGUUUAACUUAUUGCAUUUAUCAUCUGUUUCUUGCAUUAUAUUCUUCAUUUAGUGCUAGAUUGGGGCGAAUAGAUUUGACUAGAUGAUCUACAAACUGGUUAUGAUGAAGGUUUUCUAAAUCUCUUGUGGUAAAUGUAACUGAAGUAGAGGGAAAGAGAUGAUUUAGAAAUUUUUAGAUUUUAUAAUAAAAAAGGAAAAUCUUUUGUAUGCAUUAGGUUUUGAUCAUCUGUUUGGUUAUAUUAGGUAUGGUCCCUUGUGAGAAGAUUCGAUCAGCCACAGAAGUACAAACCAUUUAUCAGUAAAUGUGUGGUGAAAGGAAACAUGGAGAUUGGUACUGUAAGAGAAGUUGAUGUAAAGUCAGGAUUACCAGCUACUAGAAGCACUGAGAGAUUGGAGUUGCUUGAUGAGAACGAGCAUAUUCUCAGCAUGAGGAUCGUUGGUGGAGAUCACAGACUCAAGAACUAUUCAUCAGUUAUCUCUCUUCACCCUGAGACCAUUGAAGGAGGAAGAAUAGGGACGCUUGUGAUCGAGUCCUUUGUGGUAGAUGUACCAGAAGGGAACACAAACGAUGAGACUUGUUACUUUGUGGAGGCUUUGAUCAAAUGCAAUCUUAAAUCUUUAGCUGAUAUCUCCCAACGCCUUGCGGUUCAAGACACAACAGCUUCCACAUGAACAGAGUCUAAGAGAAGAGAGAGAGAUUGAAGAAACUUAAUGAAAUGUGGAGUCAAGAGAGAAAGAUUCGGUGCGGUGGAUGAAGCUUUCAAAGGGAAAAAGAGAGUGUCUCUUUGAGGAUGGACAAGGCAAAUAAUAAUCGCCAUUUUACCGUUUACAUAAUAAUAAGUUUCUUUAUUUAACACUUUUUUUUGUUUGUCAAUUUGAUGAAUAUUUUUGGUUUCUUUCUUCUCUGAAGAUCCAAAAUAUGAUUUUGGAGAUUUGGCUUUUGCCACCACUUGCAGGAAUCUUUACAAUUUGCAGAGAGACAUGUUAAAAGAUGUGAUCAUGGGGUUCCACUCUUCUUCCCUUUUUUUUGUAACACUUAAAAGUUGGUUGCACCCAUAAUGGCCACAGUUCCUUCUUAAUUUUA